CACCCCGGGACGAUCUGUAUCCAUCCGCUGCUCCCUCCAGCGCGGCCCCUCCCUACCCUCCCGACCCCGGCCCCCACUGCCCACCGCCCACUGGCCCCACACGCUGCGGUGCCAGAAGUGUGCGGGAUGGGAAGGGUGGUCGCCCGACGGGGGGCGGUGGAGGGCCGGCGUUGCCCCGCCCCUGAGGCCGGGACUCCUCCAGGCCCCGCCCCUUUCUGGGUCGGAACUACGGUGGGUCUGGGAGGGGGCGUCGAGCCCAUUCGUGCAGUAUCCCUCCGCCCCCUUCCCGACACCCUCGCCGCGAGCGGUUGGUGCCGCAGCCUUCGUAGCCCCUGCCGGGUUUGGCGCAGCCGCGCGGGGGGCUGGACGCCUCUUUGCCAUUCUGCCCGCACGGCGAGCGGUGGGAAUCCGAGUGAGGAGCUGCGACAGGAGGGGGAGGCCGACCAUCGGGACCCUGCGCCUGCGAAGGCAAGUGGGGGUGUCUUGGGGGCGACGAGCGGCUCACACCCUGCCCCGCGGACCCUGACAGCCUGACAAGGGGGAGGCAACCGGGUCGUAGCGGGUCCCUGAGAGAGGUCUGCUUUAAGGCUGGUUACUUCUGCAAAGAAGGAAAGAAGGAAAAGACUGCCUUAAAUCUCUGGAGGAUGGCCUGCUGUUUGCUUAAGGCUUAACACCACUGGAACAAAGCAAGGAGAGGAAAAUUUCACCACAACAGUGCAGGUUUGUUCCUUUAUAGAGUACUGUAGAAAUCUGCAGGUAGCUGUUCACUUUGAAUUUGAUUAAGAAAGAGGACAAAAGCUAUUCAUUUGGAUCCAAGGUCUGCCUGUGAGUCGACUAUAGGGCUUAUCAACACUGGAAGCAAGAAAGGAGAAAAUUGCACCAGAUCAGUGCAGGCCUAUCUCCAGUGGUGGCUGUGGUGGCCUUGAAGUGACAGAAGAUCAUCACCUUCAACCCAGUAAAAGAAUAUUAAGAUACUGACCUGGGACAUAUUGAGAACCAAAGCCAAGACUGUAUAGAGCUAUCUACAUAACUGGGCUUCAACUAUGGCUGGGGUUAAGAAUGCAAGUAGAAAGAAUAGGAGUAGAAAGAAUGAGAGUAAAAAGAAGACCAAAACUGAAAAUAGGGCUGGUGUACAAGCUGAAGCCAAGAGGGAGGCUACUGGCAUAGUCAGAUCUGUAGCCAAGACCCAGGCCAAAGCAAUAGCCAAGGCAGGGACUCAGGAAGAUCCAGUGGCAGAGGUGAAGGCAGCGUCUAAGAACAAGAUUGUUACUGAGAUGAAGGAAGGAGCUCUGGCAGAUUUCAGUCCCAAAGCUGAAGAUGAGGCCACUAGAGCAUCUCGGUUUUGUUCUGUGGCUGAGGCUAGUGCUGAGGCUAGUGCUGAGUCCAGUGCUGAGUCCAGGUCUACGUGUAAAGAUAAGACUGGUAUUGAUACCUGGUUUUGGGCUGAGGAAGAAGCCAGUGUUGGUUCCUGGUUCUGGAAUGGAGAAGAGGCUGGUAAUCGUUUCAGUGCUAAGGAUGAAGGUAAAGCUGAUAUUCGUCCCCCAUCCUGUGCUAAGAAUUUGGAGCCUGUGGCUGGGGCCAACUGCAAGGCUAGGCCAGGGGCUGAGGAGGAGGAGGAGGAGAACGUUAUUGGGAGCUGGUUUUGGGAUGGAGAUGAAACUAGUUUUGACCCUAACCCUAGACCUGUGAGCAGGAUAAUUAAGCCCCAGCCUGUGGAUGAAAUUAAUGAAAAAGAUAGGCCCAAGGACUGGUCUGAGGUAACUAUCUGGCCCAAAGCUCCUGCUGUAACUCCAGCAGUGUUAGGCUUUAGAUCCCAAGUCCCAUUUGAGAAAAAGCCUCCUUCAUAUGUUGUCCUGGCCUCCGCUGAGGAAAAUACCCAUUCUUUGCCUGUGGCAACAGCGUGCCCUUCUAGGAGCACUGCCUCAAGCUCACAGCCUGUCUCUGAGUACCCAUUUGGUUCUGACCCUUGUAUCCAGACCAUAGAGGAGAUUAGACGCCAAAUCAGGAUCAGGGAGGUGAAUGGGAUUAAGCCAUUUGCUUGCCCUUGCAAAAUGGAAUGCUACAUGGAUUCUGAGGAGUUUGAAAAACUUGUUACCUUACUUAAAUCAACUACUGAUCCUCUCAUUCAUAAAAUAGCUCAAAUUGCAAUGGGGAUCAUUAAUGUUCAUCCAUUUGCCCAAGAGUUCAUUAAUGAGGUGGGUGUAGUGACACUUAUUGAAAGCUUGCUUAGUUUUCCUUCCUCUGAAAUGAGAAAAAAGGCUGUAAUUACUCUGAAUCCCCCCUCUGGGGAUGAAAGACAACGCAAGGUUGAAUUACAUGUUAAGCAUAUGUGUAAGGAAACCAUGUCUUUUCCCUUGAACUCACCUGGACAGCAAUCCGGAUUAAAGAUACUAGGACAACUGGCUACUGAUUCUAACCAUCACCACAUUGUUGCCAAUUACUUUUCAGAGCUUUUUCAUUUGCUCUCCCUGGGAAAUCGUAAAACCAGAAAUCUUGUUUUGAAAGUACUUUUGAAUAUGUCUGAAAAUCCAACUGCAGCCAGAGACAUGAUCAAUAUAAAAGCAUUAGCAGCAUUAAAACUCAUCUUUAACCAAAAAGAGGCAAAAGCCAAUCUCGUUAGUGCUGUGGCCAUAUUUAUUAACAUAAAGGAGCAUAUCAGAAAGGGCUCAAUUGUAGUUGUUGAUCAUUUGAGUUAUAAUACACUCAUGGCCAUUUUCCGUGAAGUUAAAGUGAUCAUCGAAACAAUGUAAAAUGAGCUAGAAAUAGAAGAGAACCCUUUGAACAAUCUCCAAACUCUAACAGGCUGUGUGUUCCCAAAGAGCCAUGCAUAAUGUUUUGGUUGUUACAAUGUGCAUGUUAUAAAUUACAUCUUUAACACAAUAUUACCUGUGACAGUCUAGGUCUGAGCUAGACCAUUUUGGGGUAUCAAAUUAAUAUUUCAUUGUGAGUUGAAAACAUCUGUUGAUUAUUCUCUUGUGUAGAUGGGGAGCUUUUUAACAUUUAAGAUAGCAAAUUGGUGCAUCAUAAGUAAGCUAACUUUUCAUUAUUAUCUGCUUAGAUCCAUUUGCAGCUUCAAAUGAUUUAAAAAGAUAAUAUCCUUGAAUUUAUAAUCUAGUUGUAGAAACAAGGCAUAUACACACAAAAAGAUAUCUAACAGUACACACACACACAUAUAUAUGUAUACACACACACUCAUUGCCAAAUGUGCACUCUCAAUACGUAAAGAAAGCAGGGUUGCUACCGGCUGUUUAAUGUAAAAGGAAUUACUGUUUUUCCCCUAUUCUACCUGCAUCAGAUAACUCAUUCUACAACACACAAAUGGCCCUGAAUCUCAGAUAAAAUGUAAUAUUCAUCUUUUAUUUUGCUACUACAUUUAUAACUCCUAUAUUGUUAGGCUAUUUCAUUUAUGUCAAGUAAUCUUGCAGAAGAGAAAGGAGGUAGAUGUAGGGAGGAAACAUUUCCUAAGUACCUACUCAUGUCAGAUACUGUGUUGGCAUUACAUUUUACAGGUUUCUUCUUCUCAACAAUGGUUCUCUGAGCUAUGUACUGGUAUUUUUUUUAUGAUUAUAACUCGUUAUUCUGGAUUGCCUCCAAUGGCAGUUAAGGAGGUUGAAUACUUAUUCCUAGAUUCCCACAGCAGGCAAGUGUGGCAUAGCUGUUUUGUCUGAUACCAAAACCCGCUCUCAUUGCACUACCUUAUAGUCCUCUUCCACUUUUUGUGUGGCAGCCUUCAAGGCUCACAGACUGGUUUUAAUGAUUCAAUUUUGCUGUAGAUAAUGUCCCUGCCAGUCUUGCAAUUCUUAACUUCCUCUAAAUGCACAUGUCCAUUAGGCAUUUGGCUAAACCUUGCUGGAGUAAGAAGAAAAGUCUGGGAUGAGUGUAUGGAUUUGAACUGGCAGUGUCUGGGAAACAGUAGAUGCCCCAAACUGUUGAAUGAAUGAAAUGUAGAUUUGGAGCCAAACAACUGAAAUUUGCUAUGUGUCCUUCCUAUCUUCUUCAAUAAAGAACUGGAAUCAUUCUGUACAUUGUUUCAUACCUUACAGUUUAAAAGAUAAUUGCUUUUUUCUUCCUUGCAAAAUUAUACCUUAAUUUGUUUACCAUUUAUAAUUUAUUCUCCUGUGUGUCAUAUGAAAAGAUAAACGGUUCUAUCUUUUACUAGUAGGCAAGCCUACUCUCUGCAUUUGUACCAGCUAAAACUGUACAGGAUAAACUUAAUUGGAGAAAUUUAGGCCCAGGCCCAGAACUGCAGCUUCAUCAACACAAAACAGGAAAGCUAGGAGAGGAGCUGCUGCCUCAAUCUACGUGAUAGUGAUUCCUGGAAGUCUGCGGUCCAGAAAGCAUUCCCAGGACUUGGGCUAUAGCUAUAGACUCAGGGUAGGAAUUACAACCCCUGGUCUGAGCUGAAGAGAAUGUUUCAGUGUGUAAAAAUAUUGGGUUAUAUGCUUUGAGAUUUUUAAACAGUUAAGAAAUUAAAACAAGAUCAUACUGUAAAUACUGUUUGUAACUUGCCUUUCUUCCCACUAACUGUAUAUUGUGACCAUCUUUCCAUAUCAAUAAAGAGGCUUCUA